AUAUUCGCCCCCACCCCCACCCAAACCCAACACUUUGUAUCAGUCACUCCUAUCUAUCUCAUCAACUCACAUCCCAGUUUUCUUCUACAAGAUAAUAAGAAAGAUAAAUCUGUCGCCACUGUAAAUAUACAUUUUGACUGGAAAAAUGUGUACGAGCUCCGGCUGGCGGGUGGUGGGAACAAAGUUUCUCAAGAUCAUAUUGAAUCCCAAAGCAGACCGUAUAAGAAUCCCGCCUAUGUUUACAAAGAGAUACGGUCACGAUCUUCCGAGCCGUGUUUUCCUAAAUGUUCCGAGGCGACCGACAAUGGAGGCCGAGUUGACUCGGUGUGAUGACGGUCAAACUUGGAUACACAAAGGAUGGCAGGAAUUCAAGGACAGUCACUCGAUCUGCUUCGGUUAUCUCCUGUUGUUUGAAUACGAUGGGAAAUCCGAGUUUAAAGUUCUCAUUUUUGACACGAGUGCUGUAGAAAUAAUUUAUCCGUUUUGCGAUAAUAAUAAUGUUGUUGCAAACUCAGACAUUGAUUGUGUCCUGCAGACAUAUUUUUCCACACCUCUCUUGGAUUAUUUUGGUCCAAAUCAUAUUCCGGUGUCUUAUGAAUUUAUAAGGGGACAAAUUGAUUUCGUGGAUGAGCAGAUUUUGUUUGCUCGGGCACAACUUGAGAAAUUCAGCGCCAUGCGCGUAAAGGAAACGUGGUAUGCGUAUCAGAAAGCAGAGGAUUACGUCUCCAGCCGCGCUAGAAAAAACCCGUUUUUCAUUUCUUUCAUGCGCAAAUCCUAUAUCCGAAACAAAUACAACUUGAAUGUAUCAUAUCCUUUUGCUAGACAGAAUUUGCCACAUUUCGGCAUUUUGUCAAUAGUUUUGGUCACGAAUGGGAAAGAAUGGCUCGUGAGAUGCCGCAAUGAAAAAUGCCGUGCAGAGUUUUUUAGAAAUGGAUGGAGGAAAUUCGUGCAGGAUAAUGGGAUUAAGCUUGGUGAUGCUUGCGUAUUUGAAGUGGCAGAUAGAAUAGAUAGUAAGGGCAACGAGCUCGUGUGGGACAGAAUCCCACCAGAAUUCGCGCGAAAUCGAGCUGGGUCUCUGAUUGGGAAGGUCAAGCUCAAAAUAUACGGCGGGCCCAGUUGGGCCGUGAGUGUGGAGAAAAUGGAGGACGGUAGUAUUUGGUUUUGCAAGGGCUGGGCUGAAUUUAUUGACGAUAUGAAGCUGAAAUUGUUCGAUUUCCUUAUUUUCAUAUGGUGUGCCGAGAAAUCAACCUUCGAAGUGUGCGGCUAUGGAAAAAACGCCUGCGCGAAGGGAACCUUUCGCCGUGCCUGCGGCAACGGCGAUGAAGGCUCUGCAGGACUUGAAAAUGGUGCCGAUCUGAAGAAAGAGGCCUCAUAUAGUGAUGGUGAGGAUGAGGCCAAAUCUGGCGGCUCUAAUCCAUUCUUUAAGAUAAUCAUGAAACCCUGUCAUCUAUAUAGACUGUACGUCCCCAAGGAUUUUCUGUUGGCCGCUGGUUUAGUGGGCAAGGAGGGAGUGUGUUUGGACUAUAAAGGGGGUCAUCCUGUUUGUGUUGAGCUGAUUCCAAGGCGCACCGGGUGCGUGGAAAUGGUCAGCGGCUGGUCAAAGUUCCGGAUAUCUAACAAACUCGUCCUCGGGAAAUCCUACAUGUUUGAGUUCAUUCCGAGUAAGAUGAUUAUUCAGGUUCAUGGGGAAAACGGAUCUCCCGAGGAUAAUAAUAACAGUGAUGCUGAUGAGACCAAAUACCCAAUACACGAUAAAAAAAGGAAUGGCAAAGGCAAAAAAGAUCAAGAAAUCGUGAAGAAAAGGAACGGCAAAGCUAAAAAUCAAGAAAACAUGCGCGGUAUUUCCUCUCGUCUGAAAGAAGAAAGACCCAACUUCGAUGGAUCAUGUUCUGACGUAAAGGAAACGUGGGAUGCAUAUCAGAAAGCAGAGGCUUUCGUCUCGAGCCGCACUCCAAGAAAACCAUGUUUCAUUUCUUUCAUGCACAAAACCUAUGUCCGAGACAAACACAGCUUGAAUGUACCGUUUCCAUUUGGUAGACGGAAUUUGCCACAUUUGGGCAUUUUGUCGAUAGUUUUGGUCACGGAUGGGAAAGAAUGGUUCGUGAAAUGCCUCAAGAGAGAACGCUGCGCGAAGUUGUUGACAGCCGGAUGGAGGAAAUUUGUGCAGGAUAAUGAGAUUAAGCUUGGUGAUGCUUGCGUAUUUGAAGUGGCGGAUAGAAUCGAUAGUAAGGGCAAUGAGCUGGUGUGGGAUGUCUUUAUUUUUCGCAACUGAUAGGGCAGUUGGCUGUGUCCCUGCCUAGUUUCAGCUGUCAUCUUGUUGUGAAUUGAAGCCACUUUCUGAUUUUGCAUUAUGUUUUUGUGACUUUGGGGAUAUGUAAGGUUUUAGUGGUGUGGCUACCAAUCAUUUUGACCUAAUGAACUUGUUUUAGUGCAUUUGGGGCUUUGGUUUUUGCUAAAUGCCAUCUAAAGUGUAUGUUAGUGUUACCCUGAUGUGUAUUGGUAUUGGUAUUUUUGAAUGGACAUGAAAUGAAACACGUCCCAAAACGA